UUGGUGCACAGCUCCUUCGCCUCCAAGAUACUGGUCAUCGCACCAUCGCCUGCCAUAAGUCACCAGAAACCAUUUCAUACGCUAACUCAGGCUUUACUUCAACGAGGCCACGAGAUCACUUUUCUUACUCCGAAUCCUCUAAAUCUUGCUCACGAGAAUCUAACGGAAAUUGACCUGGCUCCAGCUUAUAAACUUCAAAAUGAGGUUAAUUUUGUAGACUGGGCUUACAUGUCACCUGUGGAAACACUGAACCUGAUUUUUGACCUAUGUUAUGACGUGGUUCAAGUGCAACUGAGUCAGCCAGCGGUACAGGAUUUUAUCAGGAGAAAACCCACUUUCGACCUGAUGAUCAUCGAGCGACUAUCGUACCAAGCCUACUACGGGCUGGCCCACUUGGUCGGAUCGCCUCCUCUGGUUGGUUUGGUGACGAUGACCAAUUUCGCACCCGUAUACCAUAUGUAUGGCAGUCCCAUGAACCCUGCCUAUCUGCCCGAUCUCUGGGUGGGAUUAUCUGAUCAUAUGACCUUCUGGCAACGUCUGUACAACACUUACUUCUAUCUAAGGCUCUAUUACAUGUGGUUCUGUCGAGUAAUCCCAGAACAGGAGAGCGUAAUGCGAGAAUUCUUCGGAACGGCACCACCACCAGUUUACGAGACGGAGUACAACUUCAGCCUCCUCAUCACCAAUAACGACUUCUCCUUGGAGUACGCACGGCCACUGACGCCAAACAUCAUUGAAAUCAAUGGCAUCCACGUACCGGUGGAAGUCGAACCGUUAUCUGAGGAUAUCCAGAAGUUCCUGGAUGGAGCUGAGCAUGGCGUGAUCUACUUCAGCCUCGGUUCGAACGUGAAAAGCACUAACCUCCCCCCUGAGAUGAUCCAGGACAUUCUGCAGGUAUUCAGACAGCUGCCACAGCGUGUCCUCUGGAAGUGGGAGAACGACUCGCUGCCUUCUCAGCCGGAGAACGUCAUGAUCCGAAAGUGGCUGCAGCAGCCGUCUGUGCUGGCUCAUCCGAAAGUCCGCCUUUUCAUAAUGCAGGGUGGUCUCCAGAGCUUGAACGAGGCCACAUACCAUGCAGUUCCAUUAGUGGUCAUCCCGGUCUUCUCUGACCAGCACCAUAACGCUGCAAAGAUUGCACAGUCACAGAUUGGCGUCAGGUUGAAUAUUCAAGACGUCACGAAAGACACAUUUCUGCGUUCCAUACGUACGGUUCUGGAAGACACGACGUACAAGGAUAACAUGAAGAGACUGUCGGCCGUGUUCCGCGAGCACAGGGCGGACUCGCGGGAGCGGGCGGUGUGGUGGGUCGAGUACGUGAUCCGCCAUAAGGGAGCCCCACACCUGCGGAGCGCAGCCCUCGACCUGCACUGGUGGCAGCUGCUGCUGCUCGACGUGGUCGCCUUCCUGCUGGUGGUCGCUGCCCUCACACUCUGCGUCGUCUACUCCGUCGCACGGCGCAUAGCGUCCGUCUGCAAAGGCAACAAACAGAAGCAGAAGAAACAGUGAUCAACUGAAAGUGGAUUCCGUCAAUUCUUUCUUUAGGAACCGCAGACUCACCAAUAUUUCAAAAUGUGUGCUUCUCUGCGAAUAAUACUUCAGGAAUCACAGUCUAUACCAUCAAGAUAUGAAGAAGUAAUUUCAUGUCAUUGCAACAGUAUUCUAUUUAUAUUUAGAUGUAGUGUGUUGGAUUGUAUUGGAGUCAGUCGACUGUAGGAAAAUAAUUCGAAUUUUAGUCCUCAUUAGAAUAACACGUUAUUAAUUUAAGUGGAUUACAAUCAUGUGCAUUUACAAUAGACAGAAAUAAAGUUUUAACGAUCA